GAAAGUCCGAUGCAUUUAUCUUUUUCUAGGUUUAGAUUACGGAGAUAUCAGACAAGGUCACACAUAAACCUGCUUUUAUCAUGCAGUAUAAUUCUUCGCCUUGACAGUGUUGCCUUGGGGAUGUGGAGUUUUUUUCCUAGGGGGUAAAUUUUUUACCUGCUACCGGAAGACUUUCCAAGAAUUCAAGAAUCGAUCCAAGCUGUUAUCGUCUGGCCCAGGCCUGUCCUAUUGAUACUAUAUAAAUAGACUCUUUGCUAAUAAUAUUAUUAUGUAGGCCUACAGUGCUUGAGCGCAGGCCUAUACGAUCUCUCUGACCGUCUAGGCGCAGGCAUAAUAUAUGCUUGCAGUCAGUUGCUGCGGUGCUGUUAUUAUAAUUAAUUUGUUAGGCCUAACAUCACAGUGGAGGAGGACCAAGGAGUUUAGAACUACUUUUAAUCACCUUGAGGAGGACUUGAAAAAGGUGUUGACAGUAGACUGCUGAAUUAAGGGACAAGAUGAACUUCAAGGAGCCAUGUAUGUAGGCCUACUGUGUUGCAGAAUGUGAAAUGGAAUGUUGACGUUGAUUCAGCUCUGCCAACUUAUUGUCUUACAGAAUGAUGAAAGUUUUCAUGCUGGGGUAAAAGCCUGCUCAAGAAAUAGACCAGAGGCUGUGGACUGUGUUUCUGUCACAGGACAAUAUCGUAAUGUCUGACACACAGUUUCAAAGUGUAUUGUCAAGAAGUGUAAUUUAGUAUCGCAUGUUCUUAGAAUCACAUGUGUUUAUCAACUGAUGACACAGUAAUUUUUGUGCAAGAUUGAUCUAUGCUGAUAAAAAAAUCGGAAUCUUAGGUUUCGAAAAAACUUUUAAGGUUUGCAUUUAGAAGGGAUUAUGGAUAGAAAUACAAGAGGUCGUGGAGGUUAUCCCAGAAUGCCUUCUUCAGGGUCAGGUCGAGGUCGAGGCGAAAGUCACUCAAGGGGAAGAGGAGGAAGAGGAGGAUAUCAUGAGGACAACUACUAUGAAGAAGGGAGUAGAGGUUGGGGUCACUCAAGGGGAAGAGGAGGGAGAGGAGGAUAUCAUGAGGACAAUUACUAUGAAGAAGGGAGUAGAGGUGGGGGUCACUCAAGGGGAAGAGGAGGAAGAGGAGGAUAUCAUGAGGACAAUUACUAUGAAGAAGGGCGUAGAGGUGGGGGUCACUCAAGGGGACGAGGAGGAAGAGGAGGAUAUCAUGAGGACAAUUACUAUGAUGAAGGGGGUAGAGGUGGGGGUCACUCAAGGGGAAGAGGAGGAAGAGGAGGAUAUCAUGAGGACAAUUACUAUGAAGAAGGGAGUAGAGGUGGGGGUCACACAAGGGGACGAGGAGGGAGAGGAGGAUAUCAUGAGGACAAUUACUAUGAAGAAGGGAGUAGAGGUGGGGGUCACUCAAGGGGAAGAGGAGGAAGAGGAGGAUAUCAUGAGGACAAUUAUUAUGAAGAAGGGGACAUGAGAGGAAGAUAUUCACGGGAUGGAGGGGGAGGGUCAUUUGACGAGAUUGGUCAUUCUGGAGAACGAGGAAGGGGUGGAAGUCGUUCAAGGGGACGAGGAGGUGGAAGAGGUUCAUUUGACCACACUGCCAGUCAAGAGGAGCCGGAAAAAGAUUCACCCCACACUCGAGGUCGCCCCCGAAAGAAAACGGGAACAAAGUACAUUAUACAUCACCAUUACUCCCCGGCCCACAGUUCUCCAGAAGCUGGCCCUUCCUCAGCACCCCUUCAGUCCACCGCUUCAGCUGAGCCUGUUCCCAGUGCUACAGGUCCACAGUACCAGAUUUCUUUGUCAAUUGGGACUGGGGCCCAGCCACAGCAGCCUGUCCCUCAGUAUGCUGCACCCCACCAGGCUGCACCCCAUUAUGCUGCUCACCAGUCGGCUCCUCCUCUGUACACUCAGCCAUCACCCAACCCGGCUGUUCCUCAAUAUGCCUCUCCCCACCCUGCCCCUCAAUAUGCUGCUCCCCAACCACCCCCUCCCCCUCAAUAUGCUGCUCCCCAUCCGCCCCCUCCCCCUCAAUAUGCUGCACCCCACCCAGCCCCUCAGUAUGCUGCUCCCCAACCGCCCCCUCCACCUCAACAUGCCCCAUCAGGACCACAAUAUGCUAGCUCAUCUAUUCCACAAACUUCUAGCCACCAUCAUAGCCAGUAUCCCCCUCCUUUGUUAGACCUCCCUCCUCCUUAUGAACCUGUGUCAAGUCAAAGGUCACAAGCACCCAGGUAUGGUCCGAGGGAGAAUAGAGGUGCCAAUGAUUAUGAAACAUAUCCCCAAUACAACACAGAUAGAACCCGGGGCAGGCAUGACUCCACUUCAAGCAUGUCUAGUUCUGCUUCCGGCACAAUGGAGUCAAGGCACAGAGGGUUCAAGGAAAAUGCUGCAAAAUCAAGAGGGGACAAAAGCACUAAAAACAGAAUGGGUUCCAAAGAAGGCGGGCAGGUACACUAUGGAAGUGUCAGUAACCUGUCUGAUUCUUCCACUGGAAGAAAGGGUUUUUAUAAAGAGCCAACGGGAAAGUUUGGUGCCAAGUACAAAAAGGAUGGAACAGACAGUAGUAGUGCUGAGGGUUAUCAUAAAAUGAGUAGCAGUCUCACCGACUUGUCAACUGGGAAACCAAGGCCACAGAGGCCAGACUGGAAAAAUAGAAAUAAGGAAGAGGUGACGGUAAAGUCAAAGAAGGUAGACAGCACAGACUUCUAUAAGACCAAAGCAGUUGUGCAAAUCAAAGACUUUUUCCCUGAUACCCAAAGUGUCAAGAAUGUUGUCACUCACAAUUUCUUUCAAAGGGAGGAUGUGAAGGUUGAGUUUGUAGAGGAUGCCAUUUUGACUACAAGAGAGCGUGCAGUGUGUACAAUCAUACUAAAACACAAGAAAAGACAGUUAGGGACUGUACUGAUUACUGAGAUGUGCAAGCGAAUUAAAAAGAAUUUGAAAACUGAAGUGACAUGGAACACUUCCACAACUUCUGACAGUUGUGUUGGAACAAAUAAAAAAAAGAAUAAGGGUGAAGUUGGAAAAGGUCAGUCGAAUGUUGCCCAAAACCAAGACAAAGAAGAGAAGGAAUGUAGUGAGGGAAAGAAGAAAGGAAAAAGCAAUAAAACUAACAAGGAACAACCAGCAGAUGUUGAGUCGAGUGUGCCGGUUGAUGGAGAACCUGCUGAGGGAUCAUCUGCAACCAAAGGUGUUCCAGCUCCUGUCUCUACAACUCUGCAGGUCUGUGUGGGAAGAGACUUUAAGAACAAUGAAUCUGUUCUGGCAUAUUUUCAGCAAAACAUAAAAGUAGAGAACUGUCCCAUCGAGGUUGUUCCUGGCAGCAUAGAUAUUUGCCCAGGAGAAACUCAUUGCAAGUUGCAAGUACCCAGCAAAGCAGCAGCAAAAAGGUUAAGGUCAAUUCUGAACAAACACGAAGAAGUGAAAAUUGGGGAUGAUGAGAAGCCAGAGGAAAAAUAUGAAAAUGACAUGCAGAGAAACAGAAUGGAACGUCACAUUCAGGAUGCAUCCAGUAUGAUUUCUUCAAGCCUCUCAUACCAUAAAGAGAAAACGCAAAAGCUUGAGGAAUCUUUGGCUACCUUGAAACAGAAGACAAGCAAGCAUCUUACAAACAGAGAUUCUGAUGAGAUCCUGGCUGUAAUGGAUAAACUGACAGAAGUAACCCGCCAAAAGAAGAUAUUCCAGGAACGAUGCACAAAGCUUAUGGACCAGUUAGAAGAUUUUUCUCCCUCAAAAAAGUCAAGUGAGGACUGUAAGAACCUUCUGCAAUCCAUUAGCAUUGAAUGUAAGCGGCUGUCAGAUGCCUUGCCUAUGUAUGCUCGCAGGAAUGACAUUCAGCAUGUCAUUUCAUCGAACCAGAUUUCUAUCAUCAUCGGAGAGACUGGGUCUGGGAAAAGCACCCAGAUGGCUCAAUAUAUUUACGAGUCUGAUAUUGCUGUGGAAGGUAUGAUUGUUUGUACUCAGCCAAGGAAGAUAGCUGCUCGCACCCUGGCUGAGAGGGUUGCUGUGGAAAUGUCGAGCAAAGUUGGUAGACUAGUGGACCACAAAACGAGUGCCCUAAAAGCCUUGAAACCAAUGACAAAGAUCGUCUUCAUGACUGAUCACUCACUGCUCAACGAGUUCCUUAAGGAUAAAAAUUUGUCUAGCUAU